GAAGGUCAUUUAAAUUAUUCUAAAAGUCACUGUGAAACACGAGCGUUAUUAAAUAGAUUUAAUUCACUUGCUUCAUUUUUCACAUUGAAGAAUAUUAAGCCUUGAUAAAUUUUGAAAUCUGCAAUAUAAAUGAACUUAGGACAUAUUCUAAGAUCAAAUUAGGAAAAGUCUAGCGAUGAAAUUUCUCAGCCGUCGAAAAUUCUUGAAGAAGUUCAAAUUAUCUUAUCUUUGGUGAAAAUACUCAGACUUAUCAAUAAUCUGAACUUACCAUCUCAGAUAUAUUUCAGGAACUCUUAUCCAAUUGUUCAGCUGAUUUACCUAAAUUUUACUGACAGCUAUUUCUUAGGUUUUUAGAAAUUUUAGUCUAAUCACAUUCUUCUUUUAGGUUUUCCAUAAGCAUGGAUGAAAGGAAAUUAUACAAUUUGUAUGUAAAAUGGGAAGAGGAUUUGUUUUCAGCAAAAAUAAAACUUAGCUGGAAUGAAACAGGAUCGAUGAAUGCGGUAAUGCCAGAAAAUUAUGUACUCCCACACACAGUUUCUUCAGGAAAUAUCGAUAUAACUUGCCCUUCUGGAUAUGGAAUUCAAGCUUCAGAUCCUUCUUCCUGUACUGAAGUUUGUGGAGAUGGUAUUCUCACUACAAGCGAAACUUGUGAUGAUAAAAACACUGCGAAUAACGAUGGCUGAUCCUCAGACUGUCAAGCCAUUGAAUACAACUACAUCUGUGUGUAUAAUUCAGGAAUUCCAGGCCAUGAGUGCUCUUCUUGUGGAGCGAGUGGGUAUCCCAAUGCUGCCAAAGACACAUGCGAGUUAUGUAGUCCAGGAUUCCAACACAUCCCAUCUUACCCAGAUACUUGUACAGAAAUUUGAGGUGACGGAAUUCAGACAUCUGGUGAAGUCUGAGAUGAUGGAAAUAGUGCAAGUGGGGAUGGGUGCUCAGCUGAUUGUAAGGCCAUUGAGUUCAACUACAUCUGAGUAUAUGACCCAGGCAAUGCUCGUGAUGUCUGAACUUCUUGAUCUUCAACUGAAAUACCCAACUCCGAUUUUACUGCAUGAGUUCCAUGUGAAAAUGGAUACUCACACAAACCAGAGUCACCAAACGAAUGCACACCAGUCUGAGGGGAUGGAUUCAGAGUCACCGAAGAAGCUUGUGACGACAAUAACACAGUCAGUGGAGAUGGAUGAUCUGCUGACUGCUCUCUGAUCGAAGACCAACACAUCUGAGUGACCAACCAGACUCUAUCCAAAGAUGUCUGAACUUUGUGUUCGGACUUACAGACUCCAAACUCAAACAAGACCAAGUGAGAUGCAAAGUCAGUGGAUCCGUUGGGAGUCAUGACUCCGACUACAACAAGUGCUGUUGCCACUUCAGUGAUGGCCACAAGUGUAGCUUCAAGCUCAGCAACGAUCUUGGUCAGUGCAGGCUCAUCACAAAGUGUGUUCAGUGCUGUGAACCAGUUCCAGUUGUUGCUUUUGUUUCCACUUUUGAGACUCCAUCUUCCUGAGUUAGUUGUUAACUUUUAUGGUGACUUGAACUGGUCGAUGGGAUCAGUUGAGUUCAUCAGUUUAGAUGACAUUCCGUAUGCCAAUGAGCUUUGGAGUCCGUUGUCAGCUGAACAAACUGAUGAAAUACUCAACAUUGUGGGCAUCCAGAACAAGAGCACAUUCAUCAACAUUUUGUCUGUAUUCUGAAUACUUGUAAUUGUUGUUGCUUUCCAUUUGUUGUUUUUGGUAUUGUAUUUAAUAACUCGGAAACAAGACUCUGACAACAAACUAGCAUCUUGGAUCGAGAAGAAGUAUAAGAACUUUGUAUUCAAUGUGUACAUCAGAAUGAUUCUUGAAACAAUGAUGAUAGGCUCGAUUUCAUGUCUGACCGAAAUCAAAGCUUCUGACACUUCUACAGUUCCAAACAUUGUAUCGCUGGCUAUUUCGUGAAUGUUAAUUGUGUUGUACAUUUUCAUCAUAUUGUUCAACUUUGUGGUGUGGACCGUCAACAAGAACAAAGAACAAGAUCAGAUCUCUCAUCGAUUCAGUGAGUUCUUUGAUGGGGUUAGACACACAAAAUAUGCCAGACUCUACUUACUCUGUGAUUCAGUCAGAAAAAUAGCUUUGGUGUCAAUGCUGAUUCUGACAACCUGGGCAAGCGACUUGGCCAGAAUCGUGUCAUUCAUUGUGAUCCAAUGAGCAUUCUUUGCAUAUAUCUUCAUAGUAAAACCAUUUGACAUGACAAGAGACAACCUCAGAGAAAUACUGAAUGAGCUGAUGGUGGCAUUCUAUUCUGUGUUCUUUCUAAAAUACAGAUCUGAGAGCGACUGGUCAGAUAGAGAAUCGUGGAUCUACAUUGGAGUUGCUAUUUUUAACAUAAUGACAGGAUCAGUAAUUGGAUUUACUUGUUUAAUCAUUGACAUUCGCUCCAAAUGCAAGAACCAAAACCCUCUUCCUUCAAUUCCUCAACACAAAAUAUUUCCUGUGAAUCCUCCUAUACCAACUCAAAAUACUUCAACAAUCAGCAAAACAAACCCUUCUUCAAUGCUCCAACUUUACAGGCACAGAAGGUACUCAUGCCACGACGAAUUAGAUAACAUUCAGCCAAAAUAUAACCCUGAUAGAGGGUUUCCUCAGAGAUUAUUCUACAAAAAGUAG